GGGAGUGUGGAGAGUGAAGAGGGGAGAGCGAGGAGGAGUGAUAAGGGGGAGUGAUAAGGGAGAGUGAAGAGGCGACAGAAGGGAGAGUGCGAGAGAGUGAAGGGCACAAGGAGAGAGAAGUGAAGAGGACGCAGUGGGCUGGGUAGAGAGAGAGGAGGUGAAAGAGGAUAACGAGGACCUGAGCGAGUAGAAGAGACGGAAUAUUGAGGAGAGUGUCGAGAGAGAGAGAGACGGGACCAGAGGAGACGUGCGGGGAGAGAGAGAGAGGAGAGUUUGGGGCCUUAGGAGAGGGACAUCUCGACGAGGAAGGAGGUGGACGAGGGGGGAGAUGAAGUUGGUAGCGAGGAGGUGCGAGGGAGGAGAUGAAGUUGGUAGCGAUGAGGUGCGAGGGGGGAGAUGAAGUUGGUAGCGAGGAGGUGGACGAGGGGGGAGAUGAGUGGAGCCGAGUGAGGUUUUGAGUGACAGAGGGGCGAGGUGGGGGACGACGUCGCGGAGUGGAGAGUUUUUGCGAGCAGAGUGGACGAGAGCGAAGAGCGAGGUAGGAGGAGGUGGAGGCCAGGCAGGUAAGAAGAAGGGGAGGAAGGAGGAGGCGUCGAGACGAGGUUUGGGGCCAUGGCGACGAGGAGGAGCGGUGCCGCGGUGCGGGGCCUGUGGCGGGGUCUGUGGCGGGGUCUGUGCGGGGCCCCCGAGCCGCGGGGCGAGGUGAAGCCACCAGGUGUAGCUAAAGAAAAAUUGCUUCCAGCCUCAGAUGUUCUGACCGAUGGUUUUGGGAGACACCACACGUACCUGCGGAUCUCCAUCACCGAGAAGUGCAACCUCCGCUGCCAGUACUGUAUGCCAGGGGAGGGUGUGCGGCUCACCAGCCGGCCCCAGCUUCUCACCUCCGAAGAGAUCAUCUCGCUCGCGCGUCUCUUCGUCGACGCGGGUGUCAACAAGAUACGCCUGACGGGCGGGGAGCCACUCAUCCGGCCUGACGCUGUGCCACUCGUGGGGGAGCUGUCUAAGCUGAAGGGGCUCGACACGCUUGCGCUGACCACCAAUGGGGUAAAUCUGCCUCGGCUGCUGCCGUUCCUGAAGCUCACACGCCUCAACUUGCUCAACGUGAGCCUCGACACACUCGUGCCUGCCAAGUUCGAGUUCAUUGCUCGCAGGAAAGGGUGGAAUAAAGUCAUGGAGGGAAUCCACAAGGCCAUUGAUUUGGGGUACAGUCCUGUAAAAGUGAAUUGUGUAGUCAUGCGGGGGCUGAAUGAGGAUGAGUUGGUGGAUUUUGUGGCACUGACGGAGAAGAUGCCCUUGGAUGUGCGAUUCAUCGAGUACAUGCCUUUUGAUGGCAACAAAUGGAACUUUCAGAAGAUGGUUAGCUACCAGGAAAUGCUGGAUACAAUAAAACAAACUUAUCCUACACUUGCAAAGCUCUCCAAUCAACCCAAUGACACUUCCAAGGCAUACAAAGUCCCUGGGUAUCAGGGUCAGCUUGGCUUCAUUACAUCGAUGUCUGAGCACUUCUGCGGCUCCUGCAACAGGCUCCGAAUCACUGCAGACGGGAAUCUCAAGGUUUGCCUGUUUGGCAAUGCGGAGGUUUCUUUGAGAGAUGCGUUGCGAUCGGGUGCUUCCGAGGAAGAAAUGAAGUCACUAGUUGCUCUCGCUGUGGGAAGGAAAAAGAAGCAGCAUGCGGGGAUGUUCAGUAUUGCACAGAUGAAGAACAGGCCCAUGAUCCUCAUUGCUGGAACAUCGAGUGUCAAGGAAUCAAAUGGGAUAAAAUGUUUUCUGAAACAUCUCAAAGCUCUGAAAAAUCAAGGGCAGAGAGAAGGCUUCACUGUUAAUCCAAUAAAUGGUCAACUUGCCUUAUCAGGAAUUAACUAUAAUUAUGUAUAUAACUGUGAUCCCACAAAAAUGUUUACAAAUAAAUGCAAUGCUAUCACCAUGAACAGACAUGGUUUGAACCAACAGCCACAAACCAGUGAUUUUUUUUCCAAAAGCACUUUUUCUACAAAACUGCUAUCAGUCAGUCAUGACACAAACAAACGUACUACUAAGUUCGGCCUUAAUGAAGCUCACUUUAAACCAGGGUUGUGGCCACAUGGGACUUUACAGCUGCGGUUUGCAUGUAGCGACACUACUGGUAGAGAUGGCCCCUGUGGUGCGAGCAAUGCCGGUGUGGUUGAGCCGUUCGAGCUCUUACUACAGAAGCAGUCGGCAACGGACACCCCCCAGGAGGCACCAAGAUCCGCAGACAACGCACGCCCGCAGCUCACUCACACCGACGCAGCAGGCCGAGCAAAGAUGGUUGAUGUAACGCACAAGCCGGAGUCCCACCGUACGGCCAUCGCUCGGGCACGGGUCACGCUGGGAGACGUAGCCUUUGAGCUGGUGCGACAGAACAGGCUGAAGAAGGGCGACGCGCUUACUGUGGCCCAGCUGGCCGGGAUUAUGGCCGCCAAGCGUACUGACGAGCUCAUUCCGCUGUGCCACGUCUUACCGCUGAGCUCGGUGGACGUUCGUUUGGAGCUUGACGCCGAGAGUCACGCGGUGAUUGUCACGGCGCAGUGCCGCACGGUGGGGCAGACGGGCGUGGAGAUGGAGGCACUGGUGGCGGUGAGUGUGGCAGCCCUCACCGUAUAUGACAUGUGCAAGGCAGUGACGCACGACAUUGUCAUCGGCGAGAUCAAGCUGCUCUCCAAGACCGGUGGCCAGCGAGGCGAUUUCAAUCGUGCAGAAUAGCCACUGCAGCUGUGCGUAGCUCUUGUCACGUCUGCACGAUGUUUCACAUGAUCUUACAUAUACAUAGCCUUUUUCAAUCCUCUGCUCAAUGUGGGUCUGCCCAUGCUGGUCAGUGCGAGUUGAAGGUGCAUAGCAUAAAUGUGGACGCAAAGUAGUACAGUACAACAGUGGAGUUUGCCAUACACCCACCCAAACAAUAUGCAGCCUCAACCUUCCUGAGCUCUAAAAUAUGAUCUGAAGCAUUCUGAAAGAUUUGUUCACAGGUUUAAGAAGAGUAAUAACAAACCAGUGGUAAUGUUUGAAGUUACACGAUAUCCCUAUAGAGCAGGGGUGGGGAACCUUUUUUCCGCCACGGGCCAUUUGGAUAUUUAUAACAUUCGCGGGCCAUACAAAAUUAUCAACUUAAAAAUUAGCCUGUUAUAUUUGGUCAAACAUUUAAUUAACUCACCUCUUAGGUGAUGGCUUGAACUGUUUCUCUUUGGUGAGGCGUGUGAUGUUAGCUGGUAUUGAUGAUUUUGCUACCCGCAACUGCUUUUCCAGGUUUGCUCCUAAAUUUAUUGAAUUUCGAUUUUCGAGUUCCGCCUGCGGUUGCCUUAGCAGGGCCAGACGUUCCCCACCUCUGCUAUAGAGCAAGCAUACAUUUUUAUUCAAAUCGUGCACGAUAUUUUAUGCAUUUAAUAUAAUACUAAAUUAAGAUUCUACAAUAUAUAUUUAUAUAGCAUUGAAUAAUACUGACUUUAAAAUAAAAUAUAAAUUGUCAGCAAUGAAACAAGCUAAUUAAUUCUAUGAUAACCUGAAGACUUGUCCAAGAUAAUUGCCGACCUUUACUGAUAUUGAAAAUCGCACAUAGGAUUAUUCGACCAUGUACAAUAAAGUUAGAAGAUCAUUAACGUUAUAUGCAUUACCAUAGCAUUACCAUUGUAAAAUGUGGCUAUAAUGUGAGCAAACGCCUAUUUAUAAGUAGUUGCUAUCAUAUUCUGCAGAAUUAUAGCAUGAAUGAGUUUGAACAUUGUUGAAUGUAAGUGACAUAUCAUUGGAGAGCUGCUAAUGCAACAUCCCUUCUCUGGAUAAAGCAACUUAAGUGUUUCUGAAAGCACAUUGAAAGGUCAAGCUUCGACGUAGUUGAGAUCCCUUGUUAGUUUGAAGAACCAGCCUUUGCUUUGUGCAGUAACAGUUUUGGAAAAUGACGUGGGCAUGCCACAUUGUGCCUUAAGUCAUUUCACAGUUUGCUUUAACAGUGUAGAUAAUUUGAUUGGCAGUUGAUUAUACAGUACAUUUAAUCUGCAAUCAAUACAACGUUGUGCAAAGUAUUACAUAUUUAAAAAUGUCAUUUCAAAUACUAUUUUCUCACGUCAGGUUGAGUCGUGUCAAACUUUACACUUGACAUUGCAAUGCCCUAUGCUUCACUGAGUUGCAACACCAUGGCUCAAGGGAAAGUGGAAACUAAUAAGCUGCCCUGUAGAGGACGAUAUGUGCCAUUAACGUGUUUCUAGGGUCCAGAAAUUAGCAUCUAUGGGAAAAAAAGAUGGCAUUUUUUAUUACACAGAUUGCAUACAUAUUGAAAUUUUGUCAUGUAACUAGAAUUAUACUACCGUGCAUGCAGUUGUUUAAGCAGGCAGUGUGAAGUCUUAAGUCUUGGUUGCCAAUCUUUGUGAGGUGUUACGUGAAAUACAAUUCUACGUGCGAGAAUUGUUUAUGCACAACAUCAAAGUGAUUAGGAUAUUCUACAACUUGACAGGAAUAACAUUGCCUCUUACACACACUACUCAUAGUGUAACCACCGAUUUUGUGGCAUUUAUAAAACACUCUAGCAUUCAUUAAUGUUUUGCAUUAAAUCACAUUGUAUUAAGUACUUGAUAUAGUUAAAUUAUGUUGGUUCAAUUUUGUGAAAGGAAUACACAAUUCAAAUGAAAAUAUUUUGCUCCGUGUUGACGUAUUUAGUUGAUCAGAAUAUCUCCAGAUUCAAAUGUAUCUGCUGAUGUGUAAAUGGAAUGUAUAAGGUUGGUGCAUGAGCACAUGCUGAUUGACAAUUUAGCACUUCAUAUUCUUAGUUUUUUCGGUAAAGUCACGUGACUUUACCGAAAAAACUAAGAAUAUGAAUUACUGCAGUCACGAAAGCUUUAAAUCAAAAUUUAGCACUUGUUUUAGUUGAAGAGAAAUAGCUUUUUCAUUCUGUUUUCAAUAAAAACUAUACGCUCUUAGUAUUUGUACAAGUUGGCAGAUAUGUUUUUUGUGUUUGCCAUGAAAACAUAAAAUUGAUUUCUUUAAUGGUGAUUAAAACAAUUGUAUGACAAACUGUGAUUUUUUAACAAUAAACAAUGUCUGCUUA